AUGUCCAAAAAGCAGAAGCAAUGCCAGGGAAGAGAUACAUACCACAGGAUGAAUUACCUGUAUCAAGCUUCAAAAUUAAUGGCUGGGAGAAAUGAUUUUCUCUCAAGUUACUUAGGGCAUCAAUGUCGGGCAAUUGGGAAGAAAAGUGUACUGAAAAUGGAACCAGCAGUGAAGAGGACAAUUUGCAAAAGGUGCUCAAUUUUCUUGAAACCCGAAGAAACAGCUGAUGUUGAAGUUGAAGACACUGGGAGGGGAGUUUGUGUGAUCUCUUGCCGGCGUUGUGGUUUCCAAAAACGCUACCACAAUGAUGGAAACUAUUCAAUGUGGCUUGAUAAUCCUGCCUCCGUUGCUGAAUCACUGAAUUUCGCCUCAGACAGUAGUGCCAGCUCAUCGAAAGGUCAACAACCGCCUACAGUUUCACGAGUCAAUGGGCAUGUCGCUCAAAAUGCCACAAGAGUACACGAAAAGAGCCCUAUUGUGCCUAAAACAGGCAAAGAGGUAGCCAAGGAGGGAUUCCCUGUUUUGAGUAGUUGUGAAAAAAUGCAAAUUGAUGAAGAGGAAGCUUCCUGA